AUGUCAUUUUCGGAAGCCCCGCCGACGACCCCCAGCUCGCCGUUGUCGACGACGCUGACGAACGACUUUAUCGCCCACACGCUCUCUACUCUCAGCGCUCACUCAGCGCACGUCGCUCGCUCGCCAACUAUGCCAACAAUCGCCACUCUCCCCGAGGAGCUUCUUGAGCGUAUCCUCCAUUUGUGCGUCUCUUCGCCACCUUUUCCGCCCGCCCGCCCGGCCUGGCACCGCGACCAUCGACAGCAAAGCCGACAGCAAAGUGAGCGGCGAGGCCAGGACCAGCCUCUCUAUCAGGCGGAUUUACCCUCACGCUCCCAAACUCUACCAUCAAUCCUCACUACAUCGCAUGACCGAAUCCUCAACACUAAAGGGAAACAUCGAAAACUUUCCUCGCCACCACCUACGACCACCUCACGCUGCGAUGUUCCCGCUCUUACGAAUGCAUGCAUCAACAGAGCAAAGACAGAAAAAAUCCGAACCCGCCUAGCACCACUUCUUGUAUGCCGACUAUUUAACAGAAUCGCGACACCUGCGUUCUACGAGACCAUUCUAUUGCGAUCAGAAUGGCAGGCGGGGUCGUUGGCUUGGACAUUGAGGUCUUCGGGUGCGCAUAUAGGAUCAAAGUCGUGUGAAUGCGACCAGUGCGCCACGAGGCCCUUUAACACAUCCCUCCAUAGACACAUAAGAAGCAUCAUCAUCCUAGGAUGUUUCGAAAGCGCCGCUGCCGUGCUACAUAUGUGUGCCAUUGAUUUGAGGACCUUGGAUUUGACUAUUACGGGAACUGGUGGGGAGGGCGCUGCGGCUCAGUAUUCUUCAUGCCCAUCACGCGUCUCAUCGUCGACAUCAGCGCCCAGCUCCUCGCAAACGCAACCAACUAAUCAAUCCAGGGAGGCUAUAGCUAAAUCACUCUCCGAAUCGGUAGCAAAUCUUCGCUCCAUCACUCACCUCGUCCUUCGCAAAGCACAUACCGUUUACCUUACACAAGGAUCAGUGAAGACGAUCUUGGGCGGUGUAGCAGAUGGCAUCAUGAAAUGGGAGGAACUGGAAACGGUGUACAUCGGGUUCAGGCUUUCAGACGAUUCCCUCGGAUCGUUCUCUACUCCUUUCACGUCCACAUCCCCUCCUUCAACCGCCUCUCCCGUGCUCCAUUCACCCGGCCCUUCGACCCUACUCACGAACGCGCUCAUUUCGUCCCCCUCACCCCAUCUGCACACAUUAAUCACACCGAUGCCCUCGGUCUGGAACACCCUCUUGAAGCGCGUCGUCGAAGGGCGAGCGCAUCCUCCGUCGACGUCGCCGGCACCUGCACCGCUCGACAGACUUGUCCUCAUCGACGGCAGCACGGCCCCACUGUUCGAUCUGGGCAUGUGGGGCGCUGGGGCGGGGUUCUCGUGCGCAGAUAAAGGUAGCGGACGCAUAGGGAUGGGGAUAUCGUUCGGCGAGGAAGACGACGACGAUGACACACGGAAAUUGGACUCGAACAUGUUUUCUUCGCCACCCACACCGUACUCGCCAUCUGCUGCCUUGUCGCCUACCUUCCCAUCAUCGCCCUUCUCCCCUACGUUCUCGUCGCCGCUGUCGCCAUCGCUCACGACGUCGCCGGCUGCGUCGCUGUACCUCAACGAGGCGCAGAAUCACGGGGCGCUGGCGGAUGCAAUCAGGGCGGGGACGCGAUGGCUGCGCAGGCGGAGCGUGUUGCAGGCAGGGGCGGCAAGCAGCGGCAAUGUGGGCAUGGGGGUGGGGGCGUACGGGAUGACGGGAUACAGGGCGCGGGCGUAUACGAUGGGCAGCACGUCGAGCGCGAGCACAGCAACUGGAGCGUGA